UCCCUAUAAAUACCCAUUUGCCUCUCAAUGCUUCCUUCACCAAGCAACAACAGUUUUUAGCUUUUUACAGAUCUUUCAUUUCAUUCAAAUUUCACAGUAUUUUUGUGUUUCUUGACACAUCAACCAUGGUGCUAUCCAAGACUGCUUCUCAAUCUGAUGUCUCAGUUCACUCCACUUUUGCCUCUCGUUAUGUCCGACACCAACUUCCUAGGUUCAGGAUGCCAGAGAACUCAAUACCAAAAGACGCUGCAUAUCAGAUCAUCAACGAUGAACUGAUGCUUGAUGGGAACCCGAGGUUGAACCUUGCCUCUUUUGUCACUACCUGGAUGGAGCCUGAAUGUAAUAAGCUUAUUAUGGAUGCCAUUAACAAGAACUAUGUCGACAUGGAUGAGUACCCUGUCACCACCGAGCUUCAGAAUCGGUGUGUGAACAUGAUAGCACAUUUGUUCAAUGCACCACUUGGGGACUCGGAGACUGCCGUUGGAGUGGGAACCGUUGGUUCAUCCGAGGCAAUCAUGUUGGCUGGCCUUGCCUUCAAGAGGAAGUGGCAAAACAAGCGUAAAGCUGAAGGCAAACCAUAUGACAAGCCCAACAUCGUGACCGGAGCCAACGUUCAAGUGUGCUGGGAGAAAUUCGCUAGGUACUUUGAAGUGGAGUUGAAGGAAGUGAAGCUAAGGGAAGGUUACUAUGUAAUGGACCCUGCCAAAGCUGUGGAAAUGGUUGAUGAAAACACCAUCUGUGUAGCAGCCAUAUUGGGUUCAACCCUCAAUGGUGAAUUUGAAGACGUCAAGCUUUUAAACGAUCUCUUGGUAGAAAAGAACAAGGAAACUGGAUGGGAUACCCCAAUUCAUGUUGAUGCAGCUAGUGGUGGAUUCAUUGCACCAUUUUUGUACCCAGAGCUUGAGUGGGACUUUAGGCUUCCACUUGUGAAGAGCAUCAAUGUUAGUGGCCACAAAUAUGGUCUUGUUUAUGCUGGAAUUGGUUGGGUUAUCUGGAGGAACAAGGAAGACUUGCCUGAGGAACUUAUUUUCCACAUUAACUACCUUGGAGCUGAUCAACCCACUUUCACUCUCAAUUUCUCCAAAGGUUCUAGCCAAGUCAUUGCUCAGUAUUACCAGCUAAUUCGUUUGGGUUAUGAGGGAUACAGAAAUAUAAUGGAGAACUGUCAUGAAAACGCUAUGGUCCUAAAAGAAGGGUUGGAGAAAACAGGUCGCUUCAACAUUGUGUCAAAGGACGAAGGGGUUCCACUCGUGGCCUUCUCUCUCAAGGACAACAAGCGCCAUGAUGAAUUCGAGAUAUCCGAGAUGCUGCGCCGAUUUGGAUGGAUCGUGCCGGCCUACACCAUGCCGGCGGAUGCUCAACACAUCACGGUGCUGCGUGUGGUGAUCAGGGAAGACUUCUCCCGCACCUUGGCGGAGCGUCUUGUGAUUGACAUCCAAAAGGUGCUUCAUGAACUGGAUACGCUCCCAGCAAAGGUUAAUGCCAAACCGGCUAUGGCUGAGGAAGAAAAUAGCAAAAAUGGCACAGUGAAGAAGACUGCCAUUGAAACCCAGAGGGAAAUCACUUCUUACUGGAAGAAAUUUGUGAGAGAGAGGAAGACUAACAAGAAUAAAAUCUGUUAGAACUUAUUGUAACACCAACUUUCCCUUUUUAUUUUUAGUUUGCCACUUUGUUUCCACCAUUUAAUUUUCAAGCUUCGGCGUAUUUUCUGAGUUCAACCAUUAAGGUAAUCGAUUGUUUAAUUCAGGAUUUUGCAAGAA